AGGGAGCGGCGGGCACGGCCGGCGGAGUCAGCAGAGUGAGCAGUGAAGAGUUGGCAAAGCACUGAAGGAGACUGAAGAAAGAAAGGGGCAUGGAGAGUCAGGAACUGCCUUAUGUGCUAGUUGACUGUAUAGGAGGGAGACUUGGAGUAUAUGAAGACCAUCUUGGAUUUCUGAAGAAACGUUUUCAUCUCAUCACCAUGAAAGAAUAUCUUGAAAACAAGACACUUCUCAGCAAAAAGAUCAGAGCUAUCUAUGUGUGGUAUCACAAACCAGCUAUUAAUGAAGAGCUGCUCCAGAGCUUGCCUAACUUGAAGGUAGUUGCAAGUGCUGGAGUGGGAAUAGAUCACUUGGAUCUGAAACUCCUCUCCAGCUAUGGUGUGAAAGUGUCCAAUACUCCAUUUGUUGUUUCCACUGACACUGCAGACAUGGGGAUGGCUUUGAUGCUGGCAUCUUCCAGGAGACUUGUGGAAGGCCAUGAGAUGGCAGUCUCCCCUGACACAGAGUAUUUCCCCGUUGACUGGCUGGGGGUUGAGGUUUCUGGAGCAACCCUGGGAAUCCUGGGAAUGGGCAAAAUUGGUUACAAAGUGGCUGAAAGAGCCAAAGCCUUUGAAAUGAAGAUUUUGUACCACAACAGAAAUCAGAGAAAAAAGGAAGAAGAAAGUGCUGUUGGAGCUAUUUACUGUAAGAAGAUAGAUGAUUUGCUCCAGCAGUCAGAUUUUGUAUUAUUGGCUGCAACCCUAACUCCACAGACACACAAAAUGAUUGGGAAGAGGGAGCUGGAGCUGAUGAAACCCACUGCUACUCUUAUUAAUAUCAGCAGAGGUCUGAUAGUGGAUCAGGAUGCUUUGGUGGAAGCCCUUCAAAACAAAGUUAUUAAGGCAGCUGCUCUGGAUGUGACAUAUCCUGAACCUUUGCCAAGGGAUCACCCCUUGUUAAAGCUGAAGAAUGUUAUAAUAACUCCUCACAUCGGAAGUGCCACCAAGAAGACGCGCUGGGUUAUGAUGGAGGAAAUGGCAGAGAGCAUAGAGGCAGGCCUGGCGGGUCUUCCUAUCCCUCGUGAGGUGCUGCCCUGAGCAGCUUGCAUUUAGGAUUAAUGCCAUCAGUGCAGAAGCAGCAAUUUGAUCACUUUUCAUGUAGUUACUUCGUGUAAUUUCGUGUUAUGCAGAUAAAAUAUAUAAAUCACAGGUUCAAUUUAUUUAA